AUGGACGCGCUGAAGUCGGCGGGUCGCGCCCUGCUGCGGAGCCCCAGCGUCCACAAACCCUCCUGGGGCGGCGGCAGACACAAGAAGCUGCCAGAGAACUGGACUGACACCCGUGAGACACUGCUGGAGGGGAUGCUCUUCAGCCUCAAGUACAUGGGCAUGACCCUGGUGGAGCAGCCCAAGGGAGAGGAGCUCUCUGCAGCUGCUGUCAAGAGGAUCGUGGCCACCGCUAAAGCAAGUGGAAAGAAACUGCAGAAAGUGACUCUGAAAGUCUCUCCCAGGGGGAUUGUGCUGAACGACAGCGGAACCAAGGAGCUGAUCGAGAACGUCUCCAUAUACAGGAUAUCCUACUGCACAGCAGACAAGAACCACGAUAAAGUCUUUGCCUACAUUGCCCAGAACCAGCUCAAUGAGAACCUGGAGUGCCAUGCCUUCCUCUGUACCAAAAGGAAAAUGGCACAGGCAGUGACCCUCACUGUAGCCCAGGCCUUCAAAAUUGCCUUUGAGCUGUGGCAAGCAGCCAAGGAAGAGAAGGAGAAAAGGGAGAGGUCCAUCUUGGAAGGGGAAGGGAUGAGCAGCCCCAGCUCGGAGGCCCCUGCCCACCCUGAUGCAAGUAAGUCACCCACAGCAGAGCAGUCAGCAGCCACAGGGAACUUGCUGGAUUUAGAGGAUGCUGCCAGGUCUCCCCUGCCCAGCUGCACAGGGUCCCCACCCCUGGAUAACAGCAUGUAUGGACCCAGCUCCUCUGUCAACAACAACCUGGUGUGGGAAAUGGAUGAUGGCCUGGAUGAGGCAUUUUCAAGGUUGGCUCAGUCAAGGACAAACCCUCAUGUCCUCGACACAGGACUGACAGCUCAGGACAUCCAGAGUGCAGAAACUCUCUCACCUGUCGACUGGAACAAGAUCGAUGCCGGCGCAUGCGAGCAGGAGGAGCUCUUCAUGUUCUGAGCUCAACCCAGGAGCUGACAACAGAAUCACCACCAGAAAAAAAAAAUACUAUGGACUGGGUCAUGCUGUUCUGGGUGCUGUACUCAAGGGACUCUCCUGAGGGCUCUUCACCAAGGCACAUGAUGUUGCAGCCUCGUUUAAACCAAAGCUUUAGCAACCUACUGCAGACUCUUUUUGUACCUUGCUCUUACCUACACCACAAGAUGCUCUCCAGCAAUAUUUAUUCACAGUUUACAUUUAUCAGUGGGAGGUGUGUGGGACAUCUACAGUAUUAUGUGGCAGCAGACCACAGAAGAACCUUCAAGCAGUGCCUGUUCCCCUCUGAAAUCAACCUAUGCAACACCAAAGCCUCUCUGUGUAUUCCCCAGACAAAGCUCUGCAGGCUCAGGCAGCAAUGGCGAAGCACAACUGUUACUAAUCCACUGCUCCUUGAACAACAGCUCACCUGCCUGGGCAGGGGGAGGAGGCCUGCAGCAGCUGCCAACAGUGUUAGAAGCAGGAGGCAGCAGAGCUCUUGCUUUUGUUUUGACUGUCUGUGGCACUCUCACAGCUGUCACUCAGCCCUGCGGGUCCUGGCUGCCUGCUCCCCGUGGGCAUUGACCCUUUCUGAACCCAAAGACUUCUAUGAUAAAGUUUUGCACUUGAACUGACAGCAAUGGUCUGAAUUCUCAAAGGGAAGCAGUGCCUGGGGCUUCUCUCCAGAA